AUGGCAUCGUUGCUCACUCUCCCACUAGAGAUCUUGCAACAGAUCUUGGCCGACAUCGCCGACAGCCCACCAGAAUCAACCCCUUCGAAAUACUCCGUCCUUUCUUUUAAUCCCAACUCUACCCUGCGAGACAUUUCAACGUUGGCAAGACUCUGCCGGACAUGCCACACCCUCCGUGAGAUCGUUGAGCCGGAUCUUCAUCGAGACAUUGGCAUUUCAAGUGCGAAUGUGGAGCAGCUCAUAUCACUAUUCAAGUGUUGGAAAGCAAGGCCUCACUGCGCCCAUUACACCCGAAGACUCACAAUUGAGGCAAGAUCACAGAUCCAUCAAGGGCCGUCACGCCGUGGAAUAAUACCUCUUAUUAGUCUUGACGAUGCCGAUUUGGUUUCUGGCAUCAUACAAGAUCUAGCUCUCAAGAUACGACCCGAUUGGUACGAGCAUUACUGGAACAUCAACGUGCUCGUGGAAGUGGCCGUGUUACUGGCCCAGAAUGCUGAAUACGUGGGCCUGUUAUUCCAAGACAAACGCGGCAUCUAUCGACAACCUUUUGAUAUGAUUCCCGAGCCGAACAAGACAGCCAUGCCCAUCGUCUUCAACAACCUUCGAUGCCUUCACCUGAUACAACCAGGCCGCAGUACCAUGGACGAGUUCAAGUCCGUGUUAAACUGCUCACCAAACCUCCAAGAACUUCGACUUGACAUUUGCGGCGACCCCACAUCCGUAUUCACCCUCCCGCCCAACCUCACCAGUCUCGUUCUACGGCGCACCAACCUAAGCGCACGGCACUUCCAGUCAAUGACCUCCAACUUCACCAUGCUACGCCAUCUGGAGCUUGUUCUAGACGGCUCUUCUCGAGAGGCACUUAUUUUGGCGGCCAUUGCAAAACAUCGCGACACUUUGACGAGUCUGAUAUUGUUGUCUGGCAAAACUCUUCCCUUUGCAAAGCUUAAGACUCUCCACAAGCUCGAGUCUCUUACCACAAGCGUCGAGACUGUCCAACCCGGAGACUUAUUGGGCUCGCUCCCCUCUUCUUUGCGUGAGUUACGCAUCUUGGAAGAAACGGAUGGCGGAACUACGCAGGACCCUCGGGCAUGGUUCAAAGAAUUCCACGCUGACUCGGAUGUACGAGCGGGAAACCUGCCUAAGAACAUGGCCAUCUGGAAGAUUUUUCAUUACCGUAAGAUCGAUGAGGCGUCUAGUCUCACUUGCUGCAACUGGGAUCAUAGAUUUUGGCGGAAGAUGAUGUGA